UUAUUUAUUUUUUAGGGGGGGUCUGUUUUUUUUUUGUUUUUUUUUUUGGCGCGGCGAUGGACUGGCAUGGCAUGGCUCGCCUCGGAUUCUUCCUGUGGGCUCUGCUGCAUGGAAUGUGGGGACUGAGCGCCGCCUGCCCGGAGUCCUGCACCUGCGCCGUCUCCACGAUUGUUUGCGUCGAUCCCGAACCGGGCAUCGAGGAUUUCCCGCUGCUGACGCUGGACGAGAUGGAGAACAUCAACGAGAUAUACAUCGCUAAUCAAAACCAGCUGUUAGAACUCAACAACAACACUUUGAGGCACUACAUAAAUCUACGGAACCUAACAGUCACAAAGACUGGAUUGACGGCCAUCUCCUAUGACGCAUUUUACAGCAACACAAGACUUCAAUACGUAAAUCUGCGAGACAACAACCUGUCAAUACUGUCGUGGAGGACUUUCCAGAACUCGAACGCAAACUAUUCGCUCAUUCUGUCUGGAAACCCCCUGGAUUGUGUGUGUGACAACGUAUGGCUCAAACUUAGGAACCAAGAGAAACCGGAGGGCCAAGAUCUGAAAUGCAGAGAUGACAAAGGAGCAACAAAGGCCUUCGCCACGCUCACCCCGCCCAACUGCGUGGCUCCCCAAGUAGAGGUCACCCCCACGGUGGUGACCGAGAUGCAGGGGGGUAGUGUCACAGCGUUGUGCAGCGCGUCGGGCUCGCCUUCGCCAGAGAUCGACUGGAACCUUGACAUGAUUUCCUCUCGCUACGAGAUCAAGCCAAUGGAUAUGAAGCUCAGCCUGACCCUCUCAGACCUUUCGCCAGAAGAUAGCGGCAGGCUGAUCGCGUGCAGCGCGGAGAACAUGGUCGGCCAGACGGAGGCCAUGCUACAGCUGAAUAUUCUCUUUGCCCCCAUCAUCGUGCAGCUGUCAGAGCCAGAGCAGGACCAUCAUUGGUGCAUCCCCUUCAGCGUGACCGGCAACCCCAAGCCCGAGUUGCAGUGGUACUUAGAGAACGUGACCAUCCAGGAGCACAACUUCAUCCGCACCAUGUACCACGAUUCCUUCAACAGCGAGUACCACGGCUGCCUGCAGCUCACCAACCCCACGCACAAGCAAAACGGCGUGUACAGGCUGGUGGCCAAAAACGAGUACGGGAAGGACGAGAAGAAGGUCUCGGCCCAGUUUCUCGACCCACCAUACGACCACACAGUCCAUCUUCGUCUUUGGUUUUCUUUUCUUUCAGACACACCGCUGCCCCCCUUGGACGACAGCAUUGCCAUUUACGUUAUCGUGGGGAUUGCUGGAGUGGCGUUGACUGGUUGCGUUCUCAUGGUGAUCAUUCUCAAAUAUGGAAGAAACUCCAAGUUUGGAAUAAAAGGCUCUUCCUCAGUCAUCAGCAACGACGACGACUCGGCGAGCCCUCUCCAUCACGUCUCCAAUGGCAACAACACCCCGUCGUCCUCAGAAAUGGGUCCAGACGCAGUGAUGAUCGGGAUGACAAAGAUUCCUGUCAUUGAGAACCCGCAGUACUUCGGCAAAUCGGGCAGCAUGCUGAAAGCUGACACGUUCGUCCAACACAUCAAGAGACACAACAUUGUGCUGAAGCGGGAGCUCGGUGAAGGUGCGUUCGGCAAGGUCUUUCUAGCAGAGUGCUACAACUUGACACCUGACUACGAGAAGAUCCAUGUGGCCGUGAAGACGCUGAAGGAGGCCAGCGAGAGCGGGCGAGCAGACUUCUACCGAGAGGCGGAGCUGCUCACCAACCUGCAGCACGAGCACAUCGUCACCUUCUAUGGCGUGUGUGUGGAGAGCGACCCUCUCAUCAUGGUCUUUGAAUACAUGAAACAUGGCGACCUCAACAAGUUCCUCAGGUCCCACGGGCCCGACGCGGUUCUGAUGGCGGACGGUCAACACAGCAUCCUGGUGGAGCUGACCCAGUCCCAAAUGCUGCACAUCGCCCAGCAGAUUGCAGCCGGCAUGGUCUACUUGGCCUCUCAGCACUUUGUGCACAGAGACUUGGCCACCAGGAACUGCCUGGUCGGGGAGAACCUGCUGGUCAAGAUCGGAGAUUUCGGCAUGUCCAGAGACGUCUACAGCACAGACUACUACAGAGUGGGUGGUCACACGAUGCUACCCAUCCGCUGGAUGCCGCCAGAGAGCAUCAUGUACCGGCGCUUCACCACGGAGAGCGACGUGUGGAGUCUGGGCGUGGUCCUCUGGGAGAUCUUCACCUACGGCAAGCAGCCCUGGUACCAGCUCUCCAACAAUGAGGUGAUCGAGUGCAUCACGCAGGGACGUGUGCUCCAGCGGCCCCGCACGUGUCCCAAGGAGGUCUACGACCUGAUGCUGGGCUGCUGGCAGAGGGAGCCCUACAUGAGGCUCAACAUCAAGGAGAUCCACGCCAUGCUCCAGAGCCUGGCUAAGGCCUCCCCCGUCUACCUGGACAUACUGGGCUGAGGAGGCGCUGUACAGUACGUUUGUGUGUGUGUGUGUGUGUGUGUGUGUGUGUGCAUGACAGAGAGAGAAAAUAGAUAAGGCAGGGAGGGGGUGCGGCUGUGUACAGUGCCUGGCUGUAAAUGUUUCUUGUAAAUGUUAAUUGUCCUCGUUUCAUUGAGAAAAGUCUAAAAUUCGGACUCAGUUUUGCUUUGCUUUAGCUUCCCUUCGGGGCGUUUACAGUCGGCCGUUUAAAAAGUCAUGCAUUUGUCAACAGAGGGCGCCAAAAUGCAUUGUAGCUCACGCGAGAGGGUCAAUGACACAAAUACCAAGGCAUAAACGUCGAUUUAGUCCUAAUGCAUAUUCAACGCAAAUGAAGGCAAAAGGAUUUGACAAAUUUACCGUUUUUUUUAAUGUGCGUAAGAAUAUUUAAAGAAAAUUACAAAUGUUGACUCAUCCAUCCAUCCAUUUUCUACCGCUUAUUCCCCUUGAGGUCGCGGUGGGCGCUGGUGCCUAUCUCAGCUACAAUCGGGCGGAAGGCGGCGUGAACCCUGGAGAAUUAAUAAAAAAAAUGUAAAACCUAUUCCACAGUGAGAUUUAUUGUAAAAUUUUACAAAUUCAAACCGUGCCCUUUUUUCAUAAUUGUUUUUUUAAGAAUAUCAUUUAAAUAUUUUUAUGUAAUACAUAUAUUAUAUAUAUUCUACUCUGAUUAUAUUAUAUCAUAUUUAUUUCUCAGUGAUAUCGUUGUGUUUGUGAGAAAUGUAAUCCGUGAUUCUAUUAAUUUCAUUAUAUAAUAUUUAUUUAUUAUUAUUUAAUUUAAUUACAUUUUAUUCAUUAUUUUUUAAUCAGAUCAGUGAAAGUUAUAAUCAUUAAUAUUUUUACUGAUUUUCAGUGAAAUACUGAAUACUGACAUUUUAACUGUUGACAGUUACAUUACAUUACUUUUGAGACAUCUUCCAAAUGUUUUGUAAUAGCAUUUCCUGAAAACUGUAUAAAUUUAUAACUAUUUUAUAGUAUUUAUUUUUCAUUCUUGUUUUUCUUUCAGCUUUAAGUCCCAAAAUGUAGCUUUAAAUUACAUGUUUAUAUGUUACUUAUGAGUUACUGUGUUAUUUUGAUUGAUUUCAAAUCAAUCCCUAAAAGUAAAGAAUAUUUGGUACAUUAUUUUUUAUUUAUAGGGCACUUAUUGAAAUACUUCCAAAAUGUCAACUCUACAAAAUUGGAAUAUGUUAGAGGACUUUGAAAAAAAAGACUUUUGUGAUUGUCCACUUUUUUUUAAACAAUAACCAUCGAAAUGGUGUAUAUCUCCCCUUGAUAUAUAUAUAUAUAUAUAUAUAUAUAUAUAUAUAUAUAUAUAUAUAUAUAUAUAUAUAUAUAUGUACUUAGCUAUACUAUAUAAAUAUAUAUAUAUAUAUAUAUAUAUAUGUACUAUACUCUGGAUAAUCUAAGACAUAUAUAUAUAUAUAUAAUUUUAAUUAUUUCUAAUUCUAAUUCUAUCCCUAAAAAUGUAGAUGCGUGGGUCUAUUUUAAGUAAUUUAACUCUAAUUAAACUUAUAAUCAAAAUGUCCUUAGCAAAGAAAGAUAAAAUCUCAUUUAAAUAAAAAUCAUGAAUAGAAGAAAAAUAUUUGUAUUAUACUGAUGUUUUUUUUAAAAUAAAUUCAAUCUUAAUUAUUAAAAAAUAUUUAAAACGUACGAACGUAAAACAUAGUUUUUAUAAUAUACAAUAUAAAACCUUCCUGGGGGUACAAAUAUUUAAAGUAUUUUAAAGUUUGAGCCCCUCUUUGUACAUGUCAUUUAUUUAAUCUUGCCAGAAGUGUUUGGAAUGUUGAUGGGAGGUCUCCAACCAGCUGUAAUUAAUGUACUUCAUGAAAAGCACAGAAAAUGAGGACGAGGAGCUCCCUAAAAUAAAGAAAAAAAAGAUGAGUGUAGCUUAUUUCUUUUAUUACGGAUCGAACUUUUGACUCAGCCAGCAUAAUUUGUUUUGUUAAGUGGAUCUAUGUCAUUAGUGGCCCGUAUUUGUGUGUCUUUUCAAGCAAGAAGAGAAUAAUUUGAAAUUCUUUUGUGGCAUUUGUAGCAGUGAGGGAGCAUAACGCUGCCUGAGCGCUUUUGUCCGCACGAAAGAACUGAAACUUGUUUUUAAAAACACUACCUUUUUUGGUUGUUUUUUUUUGCAAAAAGAUGAAAGCAAUGAUGAAUCAAUGAUGUCACGGCAUCGCCUCAAAUCACUUAACUAAGCAUCCAAUUGGAUUGCUCUGAUGUCAUUCUCUGGCAGUAUGGUAUGAGGGGAUUGCUAUGAUAUGAUGUAAUUUUUUUGUCAUUUUGGCUCGACACUUUUUGACAUUACCUCGCCAUGUCUGAGUCUCUUAGGGGUGAGAAUCGCAAAAUAACACGGCUAUAUUGGUAAAAACAAUAUUAUUGUACUUUAAAAAAAAAUCAUAGUAGGGAUAGUAGUCGCAAGUAACUCAAUAUACAAUUCUGCCAACUAUAACAAUAAUCCCACAAUAGAGCAGUUAAUGAACAUGAUAAUUGAUACAUCAGAAAAAGAUGGGUAAUCGCCAAAACUUGGAAGCAAAUUCUGGAAGUGAGAAUCACAGAGUAAACCACGAUACAAUUCUGUUUACGAUAACGAUAAUCUCACCAUAUAGCUGUUACUGAAAAAUAAUAAUCUAUAUUAAUCGAUAUAUCAGAAAAAAACACUUAAUUUUCUUAAACUUGGACGCAAUUUCUAAAAGUGAGAAUUGCAGAGUAAAUUACGAAACAAUUCUGCUAACGAUAAUCUCUCGAUAAAGCAAUUACAUCAUAGUAAAUAUAAAUCGAUAAAUCGGAAAGAACCACACAUUGAAUUCCAAAAUUUGGAAGCAAUUUCUAUAAAUGGGAAUCGCAAAGUUGACUCACGAUAUAAUUAUGAUAACGAUAAUGUCACCAUAGAGAAGUUUCUGAACCUGAUUAUCCAUAUUAAUUAAUAUAUCGGAAAAAAUGGUGUAAUCCCCCAAAUUAGGACCGAAUUUCCAAAUGUUGGAAUUUUGGAGUAAAUCACGAAACAAUUCUGCUAAUGAUAAUGUCAAUACAAAGCAAUAAAAAUUUUAAUAAAUAGUAAUCGAUAUAUCGGAAAGAAACACAAUUAAUUGCCUAAAUUUGGACGCAAUUUCUAAAAGUGGGAAUCGCAGAGUAACUAAUGAUACAAUUCCGCCAAAGAUAAUCGUAUUCUCACAACAGAGCAGUUUUUGUGCCUGAUAAUCCAUACUAUCCGAUACUGUAUAUCAGGAAAAAAUUGUGCGUAAUCGUAUAGACUUUAACUCAAGUUUUUAGAAGUGGGAAUCGCAGAGCAACUCACGAUACAAUUCCCCCAACUAUAACGAUAAUGUCACAAUAGAGCAGUUACUGAACGUGAUAAUCUAUAUUACUAAUUGAUACAUCAGAAAAACAUUGGUAAUCGCCAAAACUUGGAAGCUAAUUCUACAAGUGGGAAUCGCAGAGUAAACCGCGAUACAAUUCUGUUUACGAUAACGAUAAUCUCACCAUAUAGCAGUUACUGUAUGUGAUAAUCUACUGUAUAUUAAUGGAUACAUCAGAAAUAGACACACUUAAUUUGCUUAAACUUGGACGCAAUUUCUAAAAGUGAGAAUUGUAGAGUAAAUUACGAAACACUUCUGGUAACGAUAAUCUUGCAGAGAAUCGCAGAGUAACUAAUGAUUCAAUUCCGCCAAAGAUAAUUGUAUUCUCACAACAGAGCAGUUUUCGUACCUGAUAAUCCAUAGUAUUCGAUACUGUAUAUCAGGAAAAAAUUACGCGUAAUUGCAUAGACUUGGACAAGUUUUUAGAAGUAGGAAUCGCAGAGUUGACUCACGAUAUAAUUAUGAUAACGAUAAUGCCACCAUAGAGCAGUUUCUGAACGUGAUAAUCCAUAUUAAUUAAUUUAUCGGAAAAAUGGUGUAAUCCCCCAAAUUAGGACGGACUUUCCAAAUGUGGGAAUUGUGGAGUAAAUCACGAAAUAAUUCUGCUAAUGAUAAUCUCACUAUAAAGCAAUAAAAAAUAUAAUAAAUAUUAAUCAAUAUAUUGGACCAAAACACAAUUAAUUGCCUAUUUUUUGAACGCAAUUUCUAAAAGUGGGAACGGCAGAGUAACUAGCGAUACAAUUCCGCCAACUAUAACGAGAAUCUCACAAGAGAGCAGUUACUGAACGCGAUAAUCUAUAUUAAUUGAUAUAUCAGAAAAACAUAGAAAAACAUAUAUAUAUAUAUAUAUAUAUAUAUAUAUAUAUAUAUACAGUGAUUCUGAUAUAAUAGUAUGGUAUUGAUAUUUGUGAUAUGAUGACAAAAAUAUUUAAUCCCACUCCUAGCAAUUUCUGGUUAUAAAGAUAGAAUGCUGGGCUUGUUUUCUUCACCAAUAUGUUAGCGCACUUUGCUUAUAAAAAAAAACCGCACAAAUCCGAAUUUUAAUGACCAAAACUGACACAAACAAACAUUUCUUCUUUCUCUUCUUGGUUCCGUAUGACUUUGUUGUAGAUAAUCCAGCCGCUGUACAGUUCUUGUGUAUACGACUCCUAGGCUAUGUUACAGACUAGCAUACUCUGGUCCAAGCAGGUAUGGCCUCCAGCUGGUUAUUGAAGUGUUAUGGGCCGCUCGGCAAUACAUAAUCUAUGUAAAUACCGUUUUAUUUGUGCGACGCCGUAACGCUUCUCUUUGUGCUGGUUGGUCGUUGGAAAAGAACAAAAAAACAGCAGGCGAGAACACGGAAAAUGCAAACCCUUUGAUCGAUUUUCCGAUUGGACUUUCCGAUGAGCGUAAACAAUAAAAAGGAAGACGAUCUCCUUGAUUCUCUCCACUGUGAUGGGGAUAACGGACAACGGAUUAUCGGAUUGGAUCCCACCAGGAGGUCAAAGGUCGCCUGCCCCCCUUGGCCACUUUUGACCGACUGUAGCCUUCUUUUGAUCCUCUUUCAGAUAAACAACUGUGAUUUUGCAUCAUGAAUUGUAUAUUAUUUUGAAUGUAAUCCUAAAAAAACAAACAAAAAAAACAAAAAACAAGGAGGGGACCUCUUUUGAAUGUAAUCCAUCUCGUGGGGGGGUCUUAAUUGUUUUUGUAAAUAUGUGGUAAAAGGGGAAAAAAAGACAGUUUUCAUUAAUGUGCAAUUUUACGUACUGUGCAAGUACAAAUACUGUGUGUGUGUGUGUGUGUGUGCGUGUGUGUGUGUCUCUGAGAUGAUGUGUGUGCGUUUCCGCGUGCACUCUGAUGCGAGAGUGUGUGUGAGUGUGUGUGUGUGUGUGUGUGUGUGUGUGUGUGUGUGUGUGUGUGUGUGUCUGUCUCUGAGAUGAUGUGUGUGCGUUUCCGCAUACACUCGGAUGCUAUAGUGUGUGUGUGUGUGUGUGUGUGUCUCUGAGAUGAUGUGUGUGCGUUUCCGCGUACACUCGGAUGCUAGUGUGUGUGUGUGUGUGUGUGUGCGUGUGUGCGUGCGUGUGUCUGUGUGUGUGUGUGUGCGCGUGUGUGUGUGUGUGUGUGUGUGUGCGCGUGUGUGCGUGUGUGUGUGUGUGCUCUCCAGGCAGAUUUAAUCUUGCUUUAAUCUAAAACUCUUAUCAAUCAAUCAAGCAAUCAAUCAAAUGCUUUGUGCAUCAUGUGAGUAGCUUAACUACAAUUAAUGGAGAUGUUCCUUGUGAUACUGUGCAUUUAAUAAAGGUGGUAUGUCUUACAA